CCCCGCGGGAGGGCGGGGCGGCCCGGCCCGGCCCGAGCGCGGCGCCCGCAGCGGCGGCUCUGGCUGUCAGCAGCGCCCGGAGCGGCCAUGGGGCAGCGCGGCCGCCGGGGCCCCUGAGACACCGCCGCGCCCCGGCCCGGCCCGGCGCGGCCCCGGCGCCGCCAUGGAGCUGGAGCCACCCGCAGAGCUCCCGGAGCCCCGCGCCGCCGCCGCUAAGGGGCCGCCCCGCAACGGAUUCUGUCAAGAUCCUCCCACAGAGCACGAUUCAUCCACUACUACAGAUGUGGAGCAGAUGAGUUCUUCUUCUCCUGUCCUUCCUAUGAACUCCAUGGGCAAUGAGCGGGUGGAUCAGCGAACCUGCCUGAUCUGCGGGGACAGAGCUACGGGGCUGCACUAUGGGAUCAUCUCCUGCGAGGGCUGCAAGGGGUUCUUCAAAAGGAGCAUCUGCAACAAGCGGGUUUACAGAUGCAGUCGAGACAAGAACUGCGUCAUGUCACGCAAACAGCGCAACAGAUGCCAGUACUGCCGGCUGCUCAAAUGCCUCCAGAUGGGGAUGAACCGAAAAGCAAUCAGAGAGGAUGGCAUGCCCGGAGGCAGAAACAAAAGCAUCGGACCUGUCCAGAUAUCAGAGGAAGAGAUUGAGAGAAUUAUGUCUGGGCAAGAAUUUGAGGGAGAGGCAAACAUGUCAUGGAGCAACAACGGAGACAGUGACCAUAGUUCCCCUGGAAAUGGAGUUUCUGAGAGCAACCAGCCUUCACCCGUUUCUACUCCAUCUUCAAGUAGGUCCGUGGAGCUGAAUGGAUUCGCUGCACUCAGGGAUCAGUAUAUCGGGACGCCGGUGUCCACGCACUAUCAGUACCUCCCGCACCUUUUUAGCUAUUCUGCUCACUCGGCUCUGGUGCCCCCCCAAACGCGCAGCCUGGACCCCCAGUCGCACAGUCUUAUCAAUCAGUUAGUGUCAGCAGAGGACCUGGAGCCGCUCGGCACACCGAUGCUCAUUGAGGACGGGUAUAAAGUGACUCAGGCAGAGCUGUUUGCGUUGUUGUGUCGUCUGGCGGAUGAAUUGCUUUUCAGGCAGAUUGCUUGGAUCAAGAAGCUGCCAUUCUUCUGCGAACUCUCCAUCAAGGACUAUACCUGCCUGCUCAGCUCUACGUGGCAGGAGCUAAUCCUGCUCUCCUCGCUGACUGUUUACAGCAAGCAGAUCUUUGGUGACCUUGCAGACGUCACCUCCAAGUACUCUCCCUCUGACGACGAGCUGCACAGAUUCAGUGAAGAGGGAAUGGAGGUGAUGGAGCGGUUGAUCUACCUCUUUCGCAAAUUUAACCAGUUGAAGGUCAGCAAUGAGGAGUACGCGUGUAUGAAAGCCAUUAACUUCCUAAAUCAAGACAUCAGGGGUCUGACUAACGCAUCCCAACUGGAGCAGCUGAAUAAGCGGUAUUGGUAUGUUUGCCAGGACUUCACGGAGUACAAAUACCCACACCAGCCAAACCGUUUUCCGGAUUUAAUGAUGUGUUUGCCAGAGAUACGAUAUAUUGCAGGAAAAAUGGUGAAUGUCCCCCUGGAGCAGCUGCCUCUCCUUUUUAAGGCCGUUCUACAUUCCUGCAAGACGAGCGUGAGCAAAGAGUGAGCCCAGCUCACCCCGGCCGGUGCCUUACGCUGCGCCUCAGGCAGGGAGCUGGCUCACCCCGGGAGAGGGGCAAACGCGAUCCAGGCAGGAGAUGGGGCGGUGGGCGUCCCUGCCAUUGUAGCAAGAAUCUUUUUUGUUUGUUUUUGUUUUUUUACUCUUUUUCCUAUAUAUUUAUUUCACGACAGAGUUGAAUGUAUGAUCUUCAACACAAUGCACAUGGUUCUGUAUGAAUGCAGCAGAUGCAUUCUCCAGCGGUUUACAGAAUGUGAAGAUGUUUAAUGUUACAGUGUUUGUUAGGGUUAGUUCUUUUGUAUUUGGGGGCUGGGGACUGAGAUGACUAAGACUACCUCAAGGAGAAGAUGCUGUUCGCGCACUGCUCUUUCCAUGAUUUGUAUCCAAAAGCGUUUGUCGUAGAGAGCAAACGGCCUCACCGCACCGACAGAGCUGUUAGUAUCCCAAAUGGACGAUUUUGGAGAAGUGGGUGUUAGAGAAGUGCCAAGCUUUUUUCCUUUAAAUAUAAUAAUAAUUUUAAAAAGGCAGGGAGUGGAGAAGAAGGAAAAGUCUGUCUAGCCAGUUGGUUUCUUUUCCCCUGGCAGUUUUCAGAUGCAGGUGGUAGCUCCUGCGGUGUCCCCGAAUCCCGCCGCAGCGGGAUCGUAGUGCUCCCGAGCUGCGAGGGGCUCGCUGCCCCCGUCCCCUCCUGGGAGCUGCAGGAGUGGGCUCUGUCCCCAACCCCAGCCUGACCAGCUGGCCCCUCACUGUUGCUGCACACCUGUCCGUUCGACUGAAAUUGCGUUGCUGCAGUUGGUAGCAGGCUCCUGGUGUUACGCAAAGGUACUCUUGUUGCUAGAGAACUGCAAGUAAUUUCUCGUCACUUCCUUAACAUCCAUUUUAGGUUCACAAAAGCAGGAAAAACCUACUUAGAGAAGAGGCAGGAUUGCCUCUUUUAGUCUAUUCCUCCAAGGUGGUAUCUGACUACUGAGGAGGCUUCUGCAUUGCAGCAAUCCCAAGCAGCCCGUUUGUGGGGACAGUUAACGUACCCUGUGGUUAAAUGUGACCUGUGUAACGGGGAUAGGGGACUCCAGUGUCCUCUGGCAUGGCUUUCUCCGCUGGACUCGGGGAAUGCAUGAUCCAUAGUCAUAUUCUGCCAGGACUGUUCUGCUGCUUGUGGAAUCCCUUCUUACCAGGAAGAAUAGUAUGAAUGCAGUACCUGGUAAACUGUUCUGUCCUAGGUGUUGCAAGGCUUGGAUUUUCCAUCUCGCAACCUCCACACCACUCCGCUGCAUGGAGAACUGGUUUAAUCAUAGAAUCCUAGAAUGGUUUUGGUUGGAAGGGACCUUAAAGAUCACCUCGUUCCAACCCCCCUGCCCUGGGCAGGGACACCUUCCACUAGACCGGGUUGCUCCAAGCCCCAUCCGACCUGGCCUUGAACACUGCCAGGGAUGGGGCAGCCACAACUUCUCUGGGCAACCUGUUCCAGUGCCUCACCACCCUCACCGGGAAGAACUUCUUCCUUACAUCUAAUCUAAAUCUACCCUCUUUCAGUCUAUAGCCCUUACCCCUUGUCCUAUCACUACAUGCCCUUGUAAAAAGUCCCUCCCCAUCUUUCCUGUAGCCCCCCUUUAGGUACUGGAAGGCUGCUGUAAGGUCUCCCUGGAGCCUUCUCUUCUCCAGGCUGAACAACCCCGACUGUCUCAGCCUGUCCUCACAGGAGAGGGGCUCCAGCCCCCUGAUCAUCUUCAUGGCCCUCCUCUGGACUCACUCCAACAGGUCUGUGUCCUUCUUAUGGUGGGGGGCCCAGAGCUGUUAAGGACAACUGGUUAGCUGUUUGAGUAACUGCUAAGUGCUGGUGUUUAUCUAAACUUGGGUAUUCUCAUGAGUAACCUCAUGGCUUCCUGCUCACGGUGGUGGUGGGGAGGUUGGAUGAGAUGCUCUUGUUCUUAUCUCCUUCAUUAAGAAUUAACGUUCGGAGACUCAGUAGCUCUCCUAGGCAGCCGUGUUGCCCUGGCUAGAUUUCCUUCCCUGUGUCCUUAAAUAUGAAUCUGAUGUUUAUUUAGCAAGAGAGUUCAUCAACAAGUGUUUGAAUGCUGUUUUAAAAAUAUUUUGGGAAACAGCUUCUGUUCCCUCAGGGUAGGAGGGACCAGUUGCUACCUUUUUUCUUGUCCUGAUGUCAGCUGUGUGGCACAAAGUGAGUACUGCACAGAGGUAUGGGAGCUGCUGAGAGAUGAAUGUGAUGGUGAACAGGAGAAAAAUCUCAUUCACCACAGUCGUCUUUCCUUCCCCUUCCCCCAGCGGGUGCUCCCUCGGUUGCAGCCCAAGAGAUGCUGUGACCCACCGGCUUGGUGCAUCUCUCGGUUAGUCGGCGGCCGUGCCGUGUGCCGGGCGCUGACCGCUGCGGUCAGACCUCUCCUCGGAGACCCGCUGCUGGCUGACCGCGGACCCACGGCGGCCUCGCCGCUUUUGCAGUCCCGCUUGGGCAUCUUCCAGCUUGACAGUUUCCCUUUUGUGAAAGUCCACUAGCUGCUCAUUUUUCAUUAUUUAAAUAGGAUGUUACGGGUAACGGCUGCUGGGCCCAGCAGCAGUUCAGCUUGAUAGAGCUUCACAAUCCAAAGGUGGUUCCGUAAAUCUCAUUUACUUUCUGACUGUAAAAUGAGACAAGCGCGUAUUUCUCAGGAAAGCCUUCUGCAUACAGCCUAUACCUCAAGUGUAAAUGGGAAGAUUUUAGUAUAUCUGUUUGUAAGUUAGAAAGUAUUUCUCAGCUUUUAAGUUUAAUUUCCAAAUAGCUUGAUAUGAUCUUUUUAUUACGGGUUAUCUUCUGGCUUGCUGUUUUAUACACUCAAGGAAUUGUUAAAAUUGCAUAGGAGUAAUUUUAUUCUACAGUUACUGAAUUAUUAUAAGCUGUUGAUGAAUUAAGAGUUCGUUUUAAUUAGUGUACAUAAAAGUGGUCAUCUUAUUGCCAAAUACUCAACAAAAAUAAUCUGUUAGAUAUUUGGUGUUUAUCCAAAAUAGACUCCCAAGACUAAUGCUGUACCACCACCACCAAAAAACCUAAAAUCAUUUAUGAUGAUGAAUGGACAAGAAUGUUCUACUUUCUAUUGUAUAAAACAAAUUUUAGAAAGGUUGAUUGGCAGCAGUAUCUGUUAACAAAUAACCCAUUUGUUGUAGGGAGUAGAAAAGCCUUACUAAACUGACAAGUAAGGAAGAAGCUAAUAUACCAAACCAGAAUCUAGCUCACUGGACAGUCAUUCUUAAUAUCUUCUGCACCAAGUCCUCUAAUGACUUGUAUUUUUUAAACAGGGUAAAGUGAAUGUGUUGCAUUGCAAACUCAGGUAUUAUGAGAAGGUAGGAAUGUAGCUAGAGACAUAGAGAUGUUAGGUCAGUCACUAGAUGUAUUUGUGAAUUUGGUUUGAAGGACACCCUGGAAAGGUUGGAAUUUUUGUUCCAUUCUUCACGUAACAUUCCGUUUACAGGGACUCAUAUUUUAUUUGUGCUUAAUGCUAGUAGGGGGAAGUUCAUUAUCUUCGGUAUCUAUCUGCUCUUGCUUAUCUGACCUUCUGUCAUAGAGGAAUCAAUCAACAAUAAUAGUCUUUGGUAGAAUUUUCUGCCAUGACAAGUCAAUUUUUAUCCCCGAUUUGAAAGAUAAAUUGGCUGACUGACCCCCUCCUCUCCUUCAUAGCAUUUGUGCAGAUGGAAAGCUGAAGAGUUACUUUUAAUCUGAACAGAGAUUUGGGACAUAAAUUUGAAGUGCUCAUGCUCACAUAUUCAGAGGGACUCUGCCGAGGUAUCCUCGCUGCUGUUUUGCAGCUUGAAGCUCGUCACCCAGUACAGAGAACAGAGCAGAAGCUGCUGCUGCCAGCUGAUGGGGCUGAGCUGCAGCUCGCGUGGGAAGACCCCAGGACCUGAACAAAAGCUUUUUGAAAGCAGCUGGGUUUUCUUCCACUGCCUGCCUUUGGGUCAGGCUUCUGUCCCGUCAGCUGAGCCUUGACCCCGCUGUGUGUGUCAGUAGCGAGUCCUUGUCCUCGGCAUGCCCGGCCCCUCGAGAGGGCUGGGGGAUGGAGGGACGACCAGGAUGCUCAGAGAUGCCAGGUACCUCAAAACUGAUGGGCUCUGUCUGGGCAUGGCAAAAUUGAUGCAGCAGGAGCUAAUUCUCUACCCGUUUUACAUACACACUAGCUACUUUCUAACUGUUAAUAAUGCCAGCAGCGUUCGUCUUUCUCAUCUCACGCCUGCUAGCCCGCAGUGCUGUGCAGCGGCACUGCUUGCUUUGGGUCAUCAGGGUGCAGCUCUGGAUUUUUCUGUAAUUCUUAAAUCCUGAGCUUUUGCCGUUUCCCGUCACGCAAAGACCAAAGGGGGAACAUGGCAUUUUCGGGGUCAUCAGUGCAAAGUGGUCAGUCGGCUUGCCAGCUGCAGGGCAACCGGUACCAGCGAGCUGCUGCCCCAGUAACACCCAUUUUCCUAGUGCUGCGGUGUUGCUUCGAGCGAGCAGCGCCAGCAGAGCGAGCAGGGCUCCCGGGCGCCGCGGUGUUUCGGCAGGGCUGCCAUCGCUCGCCGGGGGAUGCCUGGGUGGCCGUGCCCCCACCCCGCAGUUGCCCAUGCAAAGGCUCGAGCUCACGUCGCGUGCCGCUCGCUGCCCGUCCCUCGCUCUGCUGCGCACGGCAGAAUCUGCCCUUGCUCUUCAGGCUUCUGCACGGAACUGCAGCCACCUUGGGUUAAGGAAAUUCAGUCUUGUCCUUCAAACCAACCUUUUUUUAAAAAACUUGAAUUUCUUUUAUCUUUACUACAUUUUUAAAAAUGAAAAAAAAAAAAAAAGAUUCUCCUGUGAAUGUGCUAUUUACCGUUCAUUCUUUCUUCUUUCUUGGUUUUGAUUUGAAGCUAUGAAGCUCGGUGUCUGUGAAAAUGUUGUUAUUUCUCAGGAUAAUAAGCGGCAAUCAUCCCUGCCACAUAAAAGGCAGGAGAAAGGGGGAAACUUGGGGAACUAGUUUAAGUAUGAAGCUAAUUUUUAAGUUGUAGAUGAUGUGUAAAUCGAGGGUAAUACAUAGGAUGUCAGUAUCAAGCUGUGGCGUUUCUCUGGGUUCACGGUGUGUUGUUUGCAAUACACAGAAGCUCAGGGAUAAGUAUUUAAAAUGUGACCCAGAGAAACCCUAGUUUUGAUGUUGCAGCAGUUGCUUCUUUCAUGACUUGUUUGGAGGAGCCAUUGAAGCUGAAUAAAGCCCCCAUACGGAGAUUUUGGGGGAAAAACUUUUGGUUUGGCUUGUGGGAAGUUUGCCUACUGAAGGCUUAGACGUGGUCCAACGGGAGAAGCGUCCCGAAGACGCCCGUUGCCAUCUGGGCUGUCGCAAGGCCGUGGCGAGGGGAGCUGCGGCUGGCUUUGCCCUCGCACGAGCUGGCGGCUGGGGGUCCGCUCUGUCCGGGGGGCUCAUGGGGAGAUCGGGGCCGAGCCCAGGGCAGCACGGGUGGCCGAGGGGCUUGGGGAGAGCAGAGAGGCAGGGGGGUCUGGUCAGGGCUGUGGGGAGCACCCGCCAGCCCCGGGGCUGCCCUGCCUCCUCUCUGGCUGCAGCCCCUCUGCCCUGCGGCGCGCAGCCCUCCUUCUCGCCGGCGCUGUUGGACGGGGAAAUGGUGAAGUGUAAAAUACCAUCGUUUAGGGAACUUCAGAGUUUUGAUGAAGGCACAUCAGCUCCUAGGGCUGGGAGAGGUUUGUCUGUAUUUGCACAUUACCUCGUCCUUCUGCCUUCGGUGUUAAAUGUGUUCGAGUGCUUGUGGCAAAGGGGAAAAUGGGAAUUUCUCAGUAUGUCCCUGGCAGCCAGUCCCAGUGUUCUGGACUCUGUUGCUUAUGAAUUAGAGCAUCUUAAUUUCCAGUCAGUACAACUUUCUCAUCAUGGGUCGGUAAGGUUGUAGAUUCAGUCAGACUGCUUGAGAAAGGUACUGACAUGUGAAACUAGUUCAGUUACAGCUGCUAGGAGUAUCCAAAAGGUGCCAUGCAGCCUGAUGCAGCCGCAGGCAGUGCCAGCGCUGAGCAAGAGUCGGCAAAAGUUUGCAGGGCUGAAAGCCACCUUCCCAGCAGUCUCGCUGGCCAGGAUCUGCAAAUCUGAGUUUAAACCAGCCCUGCAAAAAACUAGGCAGGCCAACCCAGGCAAUAUCUUCCCCUUGAAAAAAAAAAAUUAAAAAAGAGCUCCUGUGCAGCUGACCUCUAACAAGUCUAUGUAAGAAGCAACAUGGUUCAGUGGAAGAAAUGCCCCCAAGGGCAAAAAGAAACAGAAAUUGAAACCAGAUGACGAUCAACCUUAACAAAGCCUUUUGUGAUUCAUUGUUUUCUUUCAAUUUAUAAAAUGUCUUGUAAUAGUUGAUAACAUUAUUGACUCAAUUUCCAUAACAAAACUACCUCGUGUGACAUCCUGUUUAUCAUCUCAAAGGGAUUGUGUGAAAAACAAAAUACUGCCAGUGUUUGUUGCCAGCGAAGAACAGGGGGUGUGAUGGCUGGUGUUUUGCUUCCCUUCCCGUGGGUUGUAGCUUGGUUCCUGUUACCGCCGCGGCAUUUCAACCUGCGGGUGAUGGUUUCGACUUUGCAUCCCACCUGGACCCCUGACCCCGUGGGAAGGCGUUGGGCUGCGCAUGCCGUGCUCUCGCCCAGCACCGAUGUGCCGUGGCAAUGACCGCCGCGGCUACUGCUGCACCGAGCCGCUGUUUCACAGCGUGGGCAGUGUCCUGCGGCUGCGGCCGCGGCCACGUGUCCCUGCACAGCGAGGUGGAGGUCUGCGAUGCUGCAGGGACGGGCUGAGCUCCAGCAUCCCUCCCGGUGGAGCGCAGCCCCUGCCUGCAGCUGUGGGGCAGGACGUGGCUCUCGCCAGUUUGGUUUUUGUUGGUGCCCAUCAAGCCACAGGCCUGGUUCCAGCUCUGUCCUGGUGCAGGUGCAAUGCAGAGGCUGCGUUUGUAGCUUGGGACCUCGCAGAGCCCUCGCGCCUACGUCCUGGGCGUAAGCGUGCUGGGCAGCUCAAGGAAGAAGCGGGUCCAGUUUGCUGCCAUGUGCUUGUGUCUGCCCAUGGCUGGUUUGCGGGAUGUUUCCAAGACGGCUUGGUCCCGGUCUUCGGGUCCUUCCGCUGAUAUUCCAGGUGAUGGUUUCUCCCAGCAAAACACUUCAUUUUUCCCACGAUCCCUUGCAUAAAUCAGGGAAGCAGGAUGUUGCCUCGGCAUGACACACGGUGAACGUUGGCACGCUCAGAGCCGGGGCUGGGGCAGGAGAGCGUGUCCGGCCGCUGCCGCCCUCGCCCCGCAGCGCCCGAGGAGGAGCGGGCACCGUGCUGCGCCUCUCGGGAGCUGCCUUUCCGUCACUACGCUACGACCAAAUGAAUGUUUCUGCCGGCACGUCUCGGGCGCGCCGUGGCACAGCCGGUUCCCCUUGCGCGUCGGGACCGGUGCGGGUCCGUGUCAGCCCGACCUGCCCCUGCUCCGCUGCUCUGCUCUGUGACUUGACUACCUGUGGAAAUGUGACCAAUAAGUGUUGAACGCAUGUUUAGCGAGUGUUAGCUGUAUGAACUAAUAAAUGUGAAUUGUUCUGCA